CACUCGACCCGUCGGCGCCACGGCGAUCAGCCGACCGCCACCCUCACCCCCGCGCCUUUCGCCCCAAGUGAAACACCAGCGCGGCAGCAAGCAAACCAAUUCGCUCGCUUCCACCAUAAAAAAAAAUUCGCUCGCUUCCGGCGAGGGCUUCCUUUCCUCGGACGGAAUGCCCUGCCCCCGCGGCCAGGCGGAGGAGGAUCACUAGGCGGCCGCGGCGGGGCUCGGAUGGGGCGGCCGGGGUACGUGACGGUGCCGAUACUCACCGUGCUCGCCGCAAUCGGGUACGUCUACUACACCACGGUGUUCCUCGCGAUCCCCGCGUGGCUGGGGCUCACCACGGCCGCCGGGGUCGCCAACGCCACGGCCUUCACCGCGCUCGCCGCCGCCUGCGUCGCCACCUACGCCGUCGCCGUGUCGCGGGACCCGGGCCGCGUGCCGGCGUCCUUCGUGCCCGACGUCGAGGACGCCGAGAGCCCCAUCCACGAGAUCAAGCGAAAGGGUGGUGAUUUGAGAUACUGCCAAAAAUGUUCCCACUAUAAACCUCCUCGAGCGCACCAUUGCCGUGUCUGCAAAAGAUGCGUUCUGAGAAUGGACCACCACUGUAUAUGGAUUAAUAACUGUGUUGGGCACGAGAACUACAAAAUCUUUCUAGUCUUCAUUUUGUAUGCUGUAAUUGCAUGCUUCUAUUCUAUGGUUCUGAUUAUAGGGGGUGCCAUGCAUUUGCCUAAAGAUGAACAACCAGGCAGUGAUUCUCCUAGAACAUCUAUUAUUGUUUGCGGGGUCCUUCUAUGUCCUUUAGCUUUGGCACUGAUCGUCCUAUUGGGUUGGCAUGUUUACCUCAUCUUACACAACAAAACUACUAUUGAGUACCAUGAAGGAGUUAGAGCUAUGUGGUUGGCUGAAAAGGCGGGAAACCUUUAUCAUCAUCCUUAUAACCUUGGAAUCUAUGAGAACCUUGUUUCGGUACUAGGUCCUAAUAUGCUCUGCUGGCUUUGCCCAAUAUCAAGGAACAUUGGAAACGGUGUUCGUUUCCGCACAUCAUAUGACAUUCCGCCAGCGACAUCACCAAUGUGAUGCAAACCAGAUGUCUACAAGUGGUAGAUGCGCUAUUCUUUUGCAGAGUGUGCUGCAAUGGGAAAAUGUGUUUAGGAUACUUCAAGAAACAAGAAGAGGAGCUAUGCUGUCCUUUAAGCCUCGUGGGAUCAAUCGCUAAUUAGGAUUUAGGAAGUCUAACUUAGAUUUUUCUUGCAUUUUUGUUAGACAUGCUUGAUCAAAGAAGUCAUUAUUGCUUGUGCAGUAAUCUACAGCGGGUUGUACUAUAAUACAAAAAAAAAGAACAGUCUGAACUCAAGGCUGGUCUGUUGUAAAGCUAUACUAAACUGUUAUUUUCUGAAGUUCAAUGUUCUUUUUGUCCGAUCA